UUUGCACAACUCUCGUUUUAUUUGACGGUAGAAGGUUGUUUUGAGUUAAGUAUUUGUCCAACUCAUGGUUGUGUCAUUUCAGAUUUGAAGUUAUGAGAAGUCGUACGGCGUCUUUUCUAAUUUUGCUUCUAAAGUUCAAAUAUUUAGUUACGAAGUUUUAGUUUUUAAUUACAAGUAUAAUGACAAAAACAAAGUUUGAUGCUCUAAACGCGGUGGACAAUCUGCCGCCCCCAGGGACCCCGGAUUACCAUUUGUCGUUUUCUGGAUGUGGGUUCCAGGGAUUGUACCAUAUAGGAGUGGCAUCUUGUAUCCAAAGACAUGCACCCUAUCUGUUCAAUGGAAAAGUUGCCGGUUGCUCAGCGGGAGGACUAAUCGCCGCCUGUGCCGUAUGCAAUUGCAGACUAGAAGACGCCACGACGUGGUCAUUGGACAUGGUUCGCAAAGCCCGCGCCAGGACAUUCGGACCCUUCCACCCGACAUUUGAUCUGAUUGGACUGCUACGAAAGGGAGUGAGCGCGUUUCUCCCUGAAGAUGCACAUAUAAAGUGCAGUGGGCGGUUGCACCUUUCUUUGACGACCCUUCCAGAUCGGAAGAAUAAAAUUGUGAACCAGUUUAGUUCCAGAGAAGAACUGAUUAAUGCUCUUGUGUGUACAUGUUGGAUCCCACUAUUUGCGGGGAUAAUUCCGCCAACGUUUGAAGGGCAAAGGUACAUUGAUGGAGGUUUCACGUGUAACUUGCCGGAGAUCGAUAAUAAUACCAUAACUGUGGCGCCGUUCUGUGGCGCUGCGGAUAUUUGUCCGUCCGAUGAUGGUCAUACAUUCAAUUAUAUCAAUGUGACAAAUCUGAGGAUGGAGCUGACAGCUGAGAAUGUUGUGAGGUUCGCGAGGAUUUUCUACCCACCGAAUACCAACGGCGUGUUGAAUGAUCUGUGCAAAAGAGGCUAUAACGACGCGUUCAAAUAUCUUCAGACUCAUAAACUAUUUUCUUGCCAACAGUGUCUCAACUCAAGCAUGACUUUGUUUAAUUUGGCCAAGUUUCCAAGAAGGAAAACAACCGAUCAGUUGAAGCGACAAUUGGCCCCAAGUGCACAAAGCAUUGCAGUAAUGCCAAUGGUUCCACGGAAAAGGACAAACUCACGCGAACAGAUCUACGUCGGAAGAAGCCUUACCCGUUUGAAACGGAACUCCCUGAGUAAAGCCAGUCAUCUCUCGUCAAGUUCGCAGCAGAACAACACGGACGACGAAGGGUUCUGCGAGAACUGUCCCGAAUGUCGUCGCAUCAAAGACGAAGAGAAUGCCAUCUUGCCUGAACAAAUUGUGACCUUACUGCAAAACUUUACGAUGAACGAGACAUUAUACAACCAGAUUUGCGAAUACAAAAUAGUCCAGUUUAUAGGACUCAUAACACUUCCAGUUAGGCUCCCUCUUGAAGCAAUUUACUGUACUAGUAAGAAACUCUACAAUUGGCUCCCAGAAGUCUCAGACGACUUCAGUUGGUUCGUUUGCUCAAUCAACUCAGCGGUGAAAGAAUUAAUGGCAAAAACGGGAACAAAUUUGUGCUUUGCUCGUCUCCAUUUAGAACUUGUGAACGUCGAAGAUCCGCCUCCUAGUAAUAGCAGACCUUUGAGCUAUUGUUCUAUGCACUCGAACCCUGCAAGUCGCAGAUCUUCUGUUUCAUUUGAAGCGUUGGAGCAAUUCAGAGCUUUCGCUAGCCGGAAUGAAUCAGUUGCUUCGAUGAAUGACGGGGGAGACAAUUCAGGGGAAACGCCACAUGAAAAUGAAAAUCGCAGAAUGUCUUUUGAUUUGACAUUUGGAGUGUCAAACAUCACCUGUAUGCCUUCAGGUUCGCCCAAGUUCGAAGCUAUGGAAACUUACAAGACGAUAAGUUACCCAAGUGAGUCGAACGACAAACCGAAAGUAGUCGUGGAACUCAUGUCUCCAACAGGUUCCGAAUGUAACUUGGCACAGGACGAUGAAGACGAUCUGGAGAACUCCGGAUACAGUUCGGAUGACGUCAUAUUUUUCGAAACGAAUGUUCCAAAAAAUGAACCAGAAGAGAAAACGGAUCAACUGGACGACGAUGAAUCGACGGAGGAUAGUUCGACGAGUUUUGACGUGGUUACCGAGGGAUCUGUCUUUUCUGCUCUGAAAGCAACAGAAGUGCAAGUGGAAAAUGAAAUGCUUGGCAGUUGUGAGGAAAACUGAACUGAACUUCAAAAGUUUUUAAAUAGCUUAGACGUAAGGCUAAUUUACUAUUUUGGACGAGGGUCCUUCAUUAACUAUUUAUUUGUCAUUAAUAUCAGUUAUUUUUUUGACUUACCGAAUCAAAGGCUACGUUUAAAUUCUUAUUGCAUUAUAUUUGGUGCCAUUUUUAUUUGGUUUUAGGAGUAACUUGAAAAAUUUGUCGUUCAUUUAACUGAUUUUAUAAUAGGAAAUAGUCUAUUUUUUAAAUUUUGAUUUCUCCUUUAGUUUUAGAUUACGUGGAAUUGUGCUGUCACGAUUUUGGUUAAUAUUUGUGUUUACAAAACAUUACAAUAGAGAAGUGAUUUCAAAGUUUCUAUGAAAUUAUUAAUGAAUUAAAUGGCUCCUUAGAGUUACGAAGAAAAUUCAUGAUUCUCAAUUUCUGUUU